CCCGCCCCGCGCUCGGUGGCCGCCCCGCCUCGGCCCGCUCCGCCACCGGGGGUGGCUAUGGCGGCGGGGGGGCUGCCGGCGGCGGGAUCGGCUGAGCCCAACCCUUUCUCCUUCCACGAGUUCGUCCGCAGCAAGGCCCGGAGCGGCGAGGAGGCGGGCGACGCUCGACAGGCGGCGCGGCCCGGCCCAAGCCUCGGCCCUCUCUUGUUCCCAGAUCCGGCGCCGCUUGGAGAGGAGGAGGAGGAGGAGGAGGAGGAGGAGGAAUGGAGCGGGAGCUACCGGCCCUUGGCCGUGGAGCAGGCCCACCUCGCCCCUCUGGGCCCUGCCUCGCCCUCCACCGACUCCUUCUUCUGCGAGGGCACGGGGCUGGCGGGCAGCGAGGACCCGAGCGUGGCCUCCCUCAGAGCCCCCCCGGGACCGGGCUUCUACUCCCUGCGGCAGCCCAGUUACGAGGAGCUAAAAGAAGAGAAUGCCAGUUUGAGAAGCAAGAUCAAUAAGCUUCAGAUUUUCUCUGAAACUCAAGCAGACAAGAUGAGGAAGCUUGAAAGAAAGCUUGAGGAAAAUAAAAUUAAAGAAGAAAAAGAAGCGCAGGAUUUGGAAGCAAUGGUGCAGCAUGUGGAACAAAAUCUCCAGCUGAUGACUAAACGGGCUGUUAAAGCAGAAAACAAUGCCACAAAACUGAAACAGGAGAAUGCACUACUUCAGGUUCAGCUGAAAAAUUACAAGACGGAGAAUGAAGCCCUGAGGUCGGGGCAGUCGGCGAGCCUGGCCGCAGUGAAGCAGAACGCAGACCUCGCCUUGCAGAACCUCCUCACCAUCAUAACGAACUCCCGGUCGUCCAUAAAGCAGCUGGUGUCUGGAGCUGAAUCCCUGCAGCUGAUCGCCGACCUCCUGAGGUCCAUAGACCGGAUCGCUGAGGUGCCAGAGGACGGACAGUGACUCAAACCAAACGGACUCAAACCCAGAACUUCGCUUUCACUCAGAA